AUGAGGCAUCCCAAGCGUUGUCCGAUGGCGCGCCCAGCCGGGAACUUGCAUGCGACUAACGGACAUAGCGCGACGAGCUGGAAAUCUUCGGCCAGUCGUUGCCAGCCACCGGCGCAAAACGCCUUGCACUAUCUUGCGCAACAAGACGAGGCGUCUCAUAUGGAAGCCUUGAUUCUCACAGAAUCGUCUGGGGAGAAGCGACAACAUCUGACUUUUGAACUUUGCCAGGAUCACCGCUCUGAAAGGACUUUGGAAACAACGCCCUUCGGAGACAUAUGGUCCAUGCUCCAGGAGACUGCUAGGCGACCCAUCCUAGGUGUACCCCCGGCCGGCUCUCAGGGGUUCAUCGUCUCUCAGGGGACUCAGCUUCGUUUCUAUAAAGCUGUUGAACUCUAUCCUACUACCAUUUCUUGUCUAGUACAUUGCGCAGAGACGAAACAGAAUUCACCUUUGAACCUUUCUGCUAUUGGAGGCGUCCUCGCCAUACUUCUGGGUCUAACCCAGGCGAACUCCGACAUCGUUUCCCUCUUCACCAAUGGCGCAGCCUACAUCUAG